AUGCACGGUUCUGUUGCCUAUGUCCCUCAGCAACCGUGGAUCUUCAAUGCCUCCUUGCGUGACAACAUUUGUUUCCAGCGUCCCUACGAUGAAACCCGGUAUGAUCGCAUAAUCAAGGCAUGUGCUCUUGAAAUGGACAUAUCGAUACUUCCGAACGGCGACUUAACUGAAAUAGGCGAAAAGGGCAUCAAUCUAUCGGGUGGACAAAAACAACGAAUAAGGUAG